UGUCAAUCCGUAUUUCGAAAUUAAACAGAUUUAUUAGAAUUAUCAAAAAUGUUGAAAUACUUAUCCAUGGCCUAUGUGGUCGCUGUAAAAGUAUUUAAAAAGACUACUCCAAAUGGAAAAAUCACUGUUUACCUUGGCAAACGAGACUUCAUUGAUCAUAUGGAUUACUGCGAUCCCGUUGAUGGUGUGGUAGUGGUUGAUACUGAAUAUCUGAAAGGAAGAAAAGUUUAUAGUCAGCUCGUGACUACAUACCGCUAUGGUAGAGAAGAGGAUGAGGUGAUGGGAGUGAAGUUUUCCAAGGAAAUGGUGAUUGGACAAGAUCAAGUUGUGCCUAUGAUCAAUUCUAAAAUGGAGUUGACAACCGUUCAAGAGAAGCUGUUGAAGAAGCUUGGCCCCAAUGCUUAUCCUUUUACAUUUAUUUUCCCCGAAAUGGCGCCAAGCUCGGUUACUUUACAACCUGCCGAAGAAGAUCAAGGCAAACCAAUGGGUGUGGAAUAUUGUGUCAGAACUUAUGUUGCAGAAAAUGAAGAUCAAAAAAGCCACAAGAGAAGUUCUGUAACAUUAGCUAUUAAAAAGUUGCAACAUGCUCCUGCUUCCCGAGGUCGCCGUCUUCCUAGCUCACUCGUAAGCAAAGGAUUUACUUUCAGCAAUGGUAAAAUUAAUCUGGAAGUGACCCUGGACAGGGAGAUCUACUACCAUGGCGAGAAGAUUGCUGCUAAUGUCAUUGUUUCGAACAACUCCCGAAAAUCAGUUCGCAGCAUCCGUUGCAUGGUGAUUCAGCACGUUGAGAUUACUAUGAUCAAUUCUCAAUUCAGUCGUCAUGUGGCGUCUUUAGAAAGCCGCGAAGGUUGCCCAAUCACACCUGGAGCCAGUUUAUCGAAAUCAUUCUAUUUAGUUCCUUUGGCGCGCAGCAAUAAGGACACUCGUGGUGUGGCGCUAGACGGUCACUUGAAGGAAGAUGAUGUUAAUUUAGCCAGCUCUACAUUGGUGGCUGAAGGGAAAUGUCCAGCUGACGCUAUUGGUAUCGUAGUAUCUUAUACAGUUCGCGUUAAAUUGAACUGUGGAACUCUUGGAGGCGAACUUGUUACAGAUGUACCAUUUAAAUUGUUGCAUCCCGCUGAAGGCACCGUUGAACGUCAGCGCUUCAAUGCAAUGAAGAAAAUGCAAUCUAUUGAACGACACCGUUACGAAAAUUCUCUGUAUGUCAACGAAGAGGAGGACAACAUCGUAUUCGAAGAUUUUGCACGGCUCAGAAUGAACGAACCCGAAUAAAAACUUAUGAGAUUCAAUCUCUUGAAAACCAAGUCUUCAGAAGAAACGAAAAAUAUAGAAAAAUUAAGAAGAUAAAAAAUGGAAAAAUACGAAAAAUUAUAUAAAUAAAAACAAUUGCAUAUGAGAAAGGUAACUCGAUAAAUAUUUUAAACCUCAUUUCCCGAUUAUUUGAAGAUUAACAAUUAGAUAAAAUUGUCACUUUUAUUAACAUUAUUUAUUACACACAUAUAUUAUCCAAAUGUAUCAUU